CUUCCUUAAUUGCACAGGUCAUUCUAUGAUGAUGGACAUCUUAGAAUUUACUUUAUGCUCAUACCAAACGCUGACAAUAAUUUACAUUGCAAAAUAAAUUACGGAAGCUUAUAAAUUUUUGUUGCAAUUAAUUAUCCCUUUUUUUCUUUUAAAUUUCUCCGACAAGAAAAUAAGUCUUAUAAACAAGCACAAAGGCGAACGGAGAAACUCCUAAUAUAUGGCAUUGACCCGGAGAACUACGAUGUUACCCGAGAAGAGAAGAAGAUCCUGGGGACUGACUCACUAGUAAGAUGGUGAAGACAUGCCACUUCUCAUUUGCACACAAUGUACAGAGGACGCCCACCUCAACCACCGCACCGAUCAGUCACUCCACUUGUCUGUCACUCAUCGUCCUCUGCACUCGUUGAAAUGUGGAGAGAGUGCGUUUUCUCUACUUGGUUUGCUUCAUUGACUGACGUUUUGCAUGUAACAAAAGAGUUUUACAUGUGGACAUCCUUAGUAUACGUGCUCAAUGAAUCUUUUACAAAUGAAUGCCUGCCGAUUGCAUUUGUAGAUCGACAACAAUACAAGUCCUGAAGGAAUAAUGUUUACAAAAUCGGUACUGUGAGUGCC